AUGGACUCUCUUAUUGAAAUGAUCAAAGAGAAUUUCAAGUCGGAUAAUGUUGAGCCUCUGGUUUUGACUAUCUCAUCAUCGGUAUGGCAUCUUCUUGACACCGAACAAGCUACUAUCAGUAAAACCAUGAGCUCUAUCUCAAUUCCGGAAAUUAGUGGGAAAAUAAGCAAGUUCCAAUACAAAGUAUCGGAUGCUAAGAUCGAAAUGUUUUCUCUUCCUAGCAAUGGUAUAUCUUUCCAGAAAUACGAUCACGGAGUUUAUCUUAAGAUAAAAGGAGUACAAUUCAGAGCUAGCGCGAAAGCAAAGGUAGGACUCGUAAAAAAGAGCUGUCUGUUAUGUCUACCACUUCCUUCUUUGAAAGGCGGGAUAAUUGUGACCUCUGAAAAUGUAUCGCUCGAUGUCAAGUUGGCGUGGCACGACUAUAAGUUUACACCAAAGAUUUCCAUGGAAUCAAACAUCAAACUCAAAUUUACUGGCAGUUUGAAACCUCUAAACAUUGUAGCAAAAUUUGUGGAUGUAAAAGCGCUGCUGAAAGACAAAAUUGAAAACUUGAUCGAUAAAAACAUAGUAAACAAGCUUGAUAAGGGGGUAAAUAGCUUGGGGAACCCUCAUUUACAACAGUUAAAAACGAAAAUCUCAAGUGCUGGAUAUAAUUUUUUGUUUGAAAGCCCUAUUGACUGGACGGUGCGAAACAAUAAUCUUCGAAUCGCUGUAAAAUUAAAUGGGCGUUGGAAAAGCGGCGCUAGAGAGCACGAUCGCGAAGGAGCUGUAGAACCAAGCGAGAGGUGGCGAGGACAUGAGCUUCACCCACUAUCGCCAAUCCUGUUGAAUCAGAAGGUUUAA